CUUUAUUAGCGCCUUCUCUAGAGCUCACCUACCAGUCGGUUUCUUGUCACAAGCCCGUAACGUCCUUUAGAAGCGGAACAGACCCACGUGACAUUCCAUCCAUCGGAUCCGACUGCAGACAUGGUUAAGUUAGCAAAGGGAGCAAAAGCACAAGGAAAACCUAAGAAGGCACCUCCUCCAAAAGAAGUAGAAGACAGUGAGGAGGACGAAGAAAUGGAAGAGGAAAGCAGUGAAGAAGAGGUCCCAGUGAAGAAUACACCAGCCAAAAAAGCAGCCACUCCAGCUAAGGCAACUCCAGGGAAGAAGGCUGCCACUCCAGCAAAGCCUGUAGCCACACCAGGAAAGAAAGCUACUCCAGCAGUAGCAAAGAAUGGAAAACGUGCAAAGCAGCAAGAGAGUGAAGAUGAGGAAGACAGCGAUGAUGAAGAAGAGUCUGAAGAGGAAACGGUUGCCAAGAAACCUGCUGCCAAAAAACCUGUAGCAAAGAAAGAAGAAUCUGAAGAGGAAGAAGACGAUGAGGAAGAAGAUGAAUCUGAAGAAGAGCAAAAACCUGUUGCCAAGAAAGCUCCUGCCAAAAAGCCUCAAGUUAAGAAACCUGCAAAAGAGGAGUCUGAUGAAGAGGAAUCUGAAUCUGAGGAAGCAAUGGAAGUGACACCAUCUGUUGCUAAAGGAAAAAAAGCUGCUCCUGCCAAAAAGGAGCAAUCUGAGGACGACGAGGAGGAUGAUGAUGAGGAUGAUGAUGACGAGGAGGAGGAUGAUGACGACGAUGAGGAGGAAGAUGAUGAAAAGGGCACAAAAGAUUCUGCAAAGCGCAAAAAAGAUAUGCCCAAGAAUAAAGCUGCUCCUGAAGCAAAGAAGCAGAAGACAGAAGGAAAUGAAGGUUUGUCAGUGUUUAUUGCAAAUCUGAAUGCUUCAAAAGAUUAUGAUGAACUUAAAGAUGCUCUGAGGGAGUUUUUUUCUAAGAAGAGCUUGCCAGUGCAGGAUGUACGGAUUGGAGCCUCCAAGAGGUUUGGCUAUGUGGAGUUUGCUACUGCGGAAGAAGUGGAAGAUGCACUGAAAUUGAAUGGAAAGAAGGUUCUUGGUUUUGAGGUUAAAAUAGAGAAGGCUAACACUCCUGCCGAGAAAUCAAAAAAUGCAGAGAACAAAAAAGAGAGAGAUGCACGAACUCUGUUUGUUAAGAACAUCCCAUAUAGCACAACUUCAGAAAACUUGCAAGAGAUUUUUGAUAAUGCCAAAGACAUUCGUCUUCCAACUGCAAAAGAUGGUACUAGUAAAGGGAUUGCCUAUGUGGAAUUCGCCACUGAAGCUGAGGCAGAUAAAGCUAUUGAAGAAAAACAAGGUGCAGAGGUUGAAGGCCGUGCUAUCUUCGUAGAUUACACCGGAGAAAAGAGUCAUAAUGCUGCAGGCAGAAAAGCGGCACCAGGAGGAGAGUCAAAGGUAAUUGUUGUGAACAACCUAUCCUAUAAUGCCACUGAAGACAGUUUGCAAGAAGUUUUUGAAAAGGCAACUUCUAUUAGGAUACCACAGAAUAAUCAGGGCCGGCCAAAAGGGUUUGCCUUUAUAGAAUUCCCUUCUGUAGAGGAGGCAAAGGAAGCAUUGGAGUCCUGUAAUAAUACAGAGGUUGAAGGAAGAACGAUAAGACUGGAGUACAGCCAGUCAGGAGGAUCUCCAGGAUCCAAUCAAUCAAAGACACUUUUUGUCAGAGGACUUUCUGAAGACACAUCUGAAGAAACCUUAAAAGAGGCUUUUGAUGGCUCUGUAAAUGCUAGGAUAGUAACCGAUCGAGACACUGGAGCUUCAAAGGGAUUUGGCUUUGUAGAUUUCUCCACCUCUGAAGAUGCUAAAGCUGCAAAGGAAGCAAUGGAGGAUGGGGAGAUAGAUGGAAACAAAGUUACCCUAGAUUUUGCAAAGCCUAAGGGUGAAGGUCAGCGAGGAGGCGGUCGUGGUGGCUUUGGAGGCAGAGGAGGCGGUCGUGGUGGCUUUGGAGGCAGAGGAGGCGGUCGUGGUGGCUUUGGAGGCAGAGGAGGCGGUCGUGGUGGCUUUGGAGGCAGAGGAGGCGGCGGCCGUGGUGGAGGUUUUAAAGGAAGAGGAGGUGGAGGAUUCAGAGGUGGAAACCAAGGGGGGCAAGGAAAGAGAAUCAAAUUUGAUGACUGAAGAGUUUUUUUUUAUUCUUGUCUCCUUCAAAUUUCAAGCCAUCUCCCUUAACUGAAAGGACUCUGAGCUGAAGGGGGCAAUGAAAUUCCCCCCAAUCUAUCAUCUAGCUAUGGCAGAGCCUUCUGUGUGGACAUUCCAGUGUGGAGACAUACCUUUUUUUCCUGUUAACAUCCGGACACCAAGUCAUUUCAUGGAAGAUGCGUGACUGCUUGACUGUCCUUACAGACUUUUUUUUAAAGAAGUGUGUGUGUGUGUGAGAAACAAUGUCCUGAAGUUUGUCUGUUUUACUCACUGUACAAUUUUUUUCCUACAAAUCCUGUAGUAUUUUGCUAUAAAUGCAGAAUGUUAAUGGUUUGUGCUUCAGCCGCUGUCUUCAGAUUAAAGGACCUCAUCUGGUUACAUACAA